AAGAAUUAUUACGGUGAAGCUGAUACGACCUCAAACUGUGAGUAAUAUAUAAAGUACGAUGCAUUAUUACGUUGUUGUAUAGUCACCACUGUUGUACUCAUUUACUAAAAACUUGGUAACACAACUUGCUGGAAAAUACAACUGAGUUGUUAAUGGAAUAAUUAUCAAGGAGUAAAUUUGUAGGAACAUAAAGAACAUCAAGACAUUCCUUGCCUAUGUUCCCCACAGAGUUUUCUUGAUUGACUCAAGUCGUCAGUUGCUAUCGAGGUCCGGAAGGUUUCACAUGUGAGAUGAUUAUUCCUGGUCAAGAAAUGUCGACAACUCUAACCCCGGAUCCGAAUGUCGCUCCUGCACCGGAAGGCACGUGUCGUCAACUUAAUUACACUUACGAAACUUUCGUAAUCACAGAAACUGAGCGAAUCGUGUUGAUUCUAAUGUUUCCGAUCAGUGUUGUCGUGUUGUUAGGAAACGUAUGGAUUUUCAAGACUAUCUUUAAAAUGAGGACACGCAAAAAAUAUUAUCACAUCAUCGGUAGCUUGACGGUUUCUGACUCAUGCUUAAUGAUAAUGUGUAUAUUUGUGGCUCAUGAAUGCUUGCAUAACAAGCGUAGCUUUAUAUACUUGGACUACAAACCAGAUAUCAGAUGGGUUGGUGGGUCGUAUUUUGAAGUAAUGUCGCUGCUACAUGUGAUUUUGCUAGCGUUUGAAAGAUGCGUUGCGGUGAAAUAUCCCUUUAAGCAUCGCCAGCUUCAGAAAAAACAUUUCAUUUACGCAAUUGCAACGCUCUGGAUUACGUCAGUUUUCAUCACAGCAAUAUUGUAUACUUCUUCUUAUUAUGGAUAUUCGAAAUGCAGAUUCGGUACUGUGUACCUCAACAAUGGUACCGUAGUCUUAACCGUUGUUAUUGCAAUUGCUUUUCACUCCAUAAUUUUAAAAACUGCUACAAAACCUACAAGAGAAAUUGCAGGUAGUAUAAAUAAGAACAACAUGACUCGCCACCGGUCGAUAACUCGGCUCAGUAAAAGCGAUUUGAAGGCGGCAAGAACAACUUUUAUGGUAUUGUUAGGAUUUAUAGUAUGUGUCACUCCAUAUGUAAUCGCAUCAAAUAUCGCAUACUCCAAACACACUCUUGAUAAUAUUAACACUCCUGCAGUGACAAUUGGAUAUUUUCUUGCUAUUUUAAAUGCCGUUAUGAACUCACUUGUUUAUGGAUUAUUGAACGCAGAGUUAAGGCGGUCUGCAUUAGCGCCAUUGAGGGCGUUUUUCUGCUGUAAGGAGGAAGUAGCAACGCACAAUCAAUCGCGGAGGGGAUCUGAAAAUAUUUUUCGCGUACGGGUGAAUAAUUUAGAAGAAUGUCCUGUCGGCUUCAUCAACGAAAAAUGUGCUAUAUAAUCUAUCAUGUCUUCUUUGAACUACAUUCAUUUUAACGACAUAAAAUGAAGUUAUAAUAAACCUAAUAAGCGGCCACUACGUUUUAAAACUUUAAACUAAUAACGAUACAACGAUAUAACCCUCCACUACAGAACAGGCAGAUGCAUAUGCUUCCAGGCUAACGUGAAGGAGUUCCCCUGAUUUAUAUCUCUUAUCUAAAUGAUUCAUGACACACUCGUGGGUACUGAUUUAUUUGAUUAUUUGACUGCUGCAUAGUCUUUCCACGCCCCACCUCA